AUGUUAUUUUUGAAUAUUCAUCCCAUUUGGGAUAAUAAUCGACCCGUUCCACCAAGUAUCAUAUACACUGGUGGAUUACAUCAAGAACCCCAGAAAAAAUUACCCACAGAUUUAUCUUCUUUUCUAGAUUCAUCACGCAACGGAGUUAUAUAUUUUAGUUUAGAGCAUCCAAAAAUCAAACUUUUUAUAACCCAAGGUGGCUUACAAUCGACAGAUGAAGCAAUUACUAGUGGUGUUCCACUUAUUGGAAUACCAAUGUUAGGGGAUCAAUGGUUCAACACAGAGAAGUAUGUACAUCAUGAAAUCGGCAUGAAACUCGAUUUGGAGACCAUAACUGAAGAGAAUUUACGGACUGCUAUAGAAAAUGUAAUCAGUACUAAAAAGUACCGUGAAAAUAUACUGCGCUUACGUUCAUUGAUGCACGAUCAGCCACUAAGCUCGCUCGAGCGGGCGGUAUGGUGGACGGAACACGUGUUGCGUCACGGGCAGGCCGAGCAUUUACAGACGCCCGCUAAAUCUAGUAGUAUCUCAUGGGUAGAAUACUACGAGCUGGAAUUAGUGACGGUCCUGUUAUGCUUCAUAGCCUUUGCUGUUGGCGCAUGCAUUAUCUUGAUAUACGCUACAGUCAGAGGCAUUUCCCAUCAAACAUUAGUGAAGCUAAAAUUGAAC